AUGCGUGCGCUGCUAUGCGUCGUCGCCACCGCGGCCGCGCUCUCCGGCUCCGCGCGCCCGCCGCCGCGGCCGCCGCGCGGCAAGUCCAAGGGCCGGAGCCGGGCGCAGCGGCGCGGCAACGUCAACGUCCCGUCGUCGGUCCCAGAGGACGAGUCCAUCGACGCGCGCGAGGCGCGGCUCGCGGCGAAGUUCGCGGCCUGGGCCAAGGAACCCCCGAGGGACGAAGAGGUGGUCGUGGAAAAGGAGGAGACGCCGGCCGGGGCGUUCGGCGGCUGGAAGAAGGAGGCGAAGGUCGAGCCCGCCGGCGGCUUCCUGCUGCGGCGGCCGCCGGCGGCCGCGCCCGCGCCGCCGGCGCCGGCGCCGCGCGGGGAGGGCCGCGCGGCGGCGCCCAAAAAGCCCGCGGCGCCGGCCAAGACGCGCCCCGCGGCGAAGACGCUCGCCGACGCGCCGCCGGCCUUCGCGGAAGGGGAGCCGCCGUCGCGCGCGGCGUGGUCGGACUUCCUCGGCGCGGCGGCCGCGCGGCGGCUCGUCGCCGACGGCUUCGAGCGGCCGACGGCCGCGCAGAGCGCGCUGGGCGCGGCGCUGGCGGACGGCGCCGCGCCGCGCGACGUCCUGCUGGCCGCGCCGACGGGCAGCGGCAAGACGCUCGCGUACCUCUUGCGAACGCUCGCGGACGCCGACGGCCCGGGCGGGGUGCUGGUGGUCGCGCCGGGCCGCGAGCUGGCGGUCCAGAUCGACCGCGUCGCGAGGCGGCACUUCCCCGACGUGUCCUCGACUGCGGUCGUCGGCGGCGCGAACCGGAAGCGGCAGGCCGAGGCGCUGCGGAAGGCGAAGCCGGCGCUGGUCGUGGGCACGCCCGGCCGCCUCGCGGAGCUCGCCUUCGAGGGGAGCCGGCCCCUGAAGCUGGGCAAGCUCCGGUGGUGCGUCGUCGACGAGUGCGACCACGCGCUGCGCCCGCCGUUCGGCGAGGACGUCGAGGCGCUGCUCGGGGCGCUCCCGCGGUCGUGCGGCGUCGUCUUCGCGUCGGCGACGGGCGCCGCGCUCCUCGGGGACGAGGGGGAGACCGCGAGGCGGGCCCGGGCGGCGCUGCGCGUCGACGCGACGGCGGCGGGGCGCGCGGGCGUCGCGUCCGGGGCGCUCGCGGCCAAGGCGCGCCACGGGCGCCUCCGCGCGAAGGCGCCGCUCGACGCGCUGCGGCGCGUGCUGCGGGCCGCGGCCCCGGCCUGCGAGGCGGCGCUCGUCUUCGUCGAGGACGCGGCGGCCGCCGAGGCCGUCGCGACGCGGCUCGCGGCCGCGGGCCUCGACGCGCGCCCGCUCGUCGGCGACGCGCACUCGACGGCGCGCGCGGCCGCCGUGCGCCACCUGAACGAGGGCGCCGCGCCCGCGGUCGUCGUCGCGACCGAGGGCGCCGCGCGCGGCCUGGACUGCCCGCGCGUGACGCACGUCGUCAACUACCUGAGCGCGCCCUCGUCGGCGUCGCACUACGCGCACCGCGCGGGCCGCGCGGGCCGCGCGCCGGCCACGCCGGCCUACGUCCUCUCGGUCGCGGGCGACGCGGCCCAGGACCGGGUCCUCGACGCGCUCGAGCGCGACCUGGGCGUGAAGCUGCACGGCGUCGAGCUCGGGGGCGGGGCGGUGCGGCUCGUCGAGGACGCCUGA